AUGAAUUAAAAGAAGAAUCUUGGACUUUUAUAAGAUUUUGAGCAAUUAAACUGGAGAGACAUGUAUUUUAAAGGCCACCAGGAGGAGUUUACUUACUCCUAAAGUGAGUUAUCUCCUCAAUUUUCAUUUUUCAAAGGGUUCCAACCUGAGCUAGGAAAUCAGUCUUUCAUGAAUAAUCCAAUUGUCUAAAGUCAACCCUAGUAAUUUAAUUCUAAUCUACUAGGACUUCCAAACUUGAUGAUGAUUAAAAAGCAGGAGUUCAAUCAACAACCAUGUGAGGCAAUGAUGAUGAUGGAUUCGGGAAACCAGAACUUAUAGAUGAAGAUAACUUUGCCAUUUUGCCCACCUUAAUAAUAGUAAGAGGAUGCAAUAAUGAAUAUAAAAGAUGCGAACUAGAGUCAAUUCAAUCAAUAAGCUUACUAAGGUUUGAUAUCAGCAGAUUAGAGUCAGGAUAUCGAGUCGAAGGAUGACAGUUCUAUCAAGAAUUAUCAUGAAAAUAAGAACUCAUGUUGCAGCCAUAAUUUGCUAAAUAAACAUCAGGACAAUAGUUCCGAUCAAAACUAUCCAUCUUAAAUGAACUAAGAAUAAUAAAUGAGCCUUCUUUAACAAUUUAACCUAAAGGAUGAUCUAACUUACGAUAACGAUAAUGGCUCUAAGAAAAGAAGAGGUAGAAGAAAGAUUGAAGAUGAACAGUACUAUGCAAUGACAAAUGAUAAAAUCCAAGAAUGGGAGUAUAUCCUACAGAAUUCUAAGAAUUUAUCCAAAAAGGAUAAGAAAAUACUGAGAAACAGAAUCUCUGCCUAAAAAUCUAGAAACAAGAAAAAGGAGGAAUUUGGAAAUUUAAAUACCUAGAUCGAUGUUUUAAGAGCAAGAUAUCGCUAAUUGUUUGAUAUCCUUGAGGAAAAUACAUGUGAUGCCUGUAAAGAAAAUAUUGUAAAUUGUCUAUAGUAAGGAUAAACUAAAAGACAAAAAGUAGAUCACAAUCAUGGCAACUAAGCCCAUUCAGGAGGCAGCAAAAACUUUAUGAAAAUGAUGCUUGGCUUUGUCGCUAUGAUAGGAGUGAUUGCUCUGGCUGCUAAUCCAUUCGGAACCGAAUCAGUUCUUUCAAACUCUAUACAAGCAUAUGAUACAUCAAACAAGUUUUUAGGUAUUGAGUCUGUAUUAUAACCAUAAGACCUUAAAAGUUUUGAAUUGUCCUCUUUAGAUGAGGACUUUAAGAUGAAAUUAAUGAUUGAUGACUAAAACUCAAUUCUUGAUGUUAAGAAAGCUAUUUAGAUGUCAAGAGGCAUUCCAAUAGCCCACUAGAAACUAUUCGAAGGACAGCAAGAGCUAACUGAUUCAGUAUUAAUUAAAGCUGUGUCAAAUUUAAAGGACAUUCAUAUUUUGAUUAACUCAGAGUCAAUUGAAUGA